GGCUAAGAAGUCAGCUUCUGUAAGAGAGUCGUUUAUCUCUAUACGACCGGUGCUUCUGUGCAGGUUCCGCUGCAUGUGCUGACAUCAAGGUGCUUGGAGGACUCAUACAUUGUACUGUUUUUAUAAUUAACAUUAUUGUGGACUGUUGUUAUUCGUGAAAACUUUCUGUUUUCGUCGAAGCAUCUCGUUUUGCCGGGAAAAGCAGUGAGUUGUGUCGCGCAUAAGUGAUUCCAUCGGAAAUCUAAACUUUUAAUUCUCACGAUUAUUAUAUACUAUUGCUGUUUAAGCAAAGUACUAUUUUAGAAGUUAGAAAUAAGAAAAUGGUCAUGGAGGCAUCCCCUUCUCCACAAAAUGUCGGUCGUGAAUUUGUCCGACAAUAUUAUACUUUACUUAAUCAAGCUCCUGCGCAUCUCCAUAGAUUCUAUAAUCAACACUCUUCUUUUGUACAUGGAGGAUUAGAUUCAAAUAGAGAAUCUACUCCUGCAAUUGGCCAAAAGCAAAUACAUCAAAAAAUUCAACAAUUAAACUUUCGAGAUUGUCAUGCUAAAAUAAGUCAAGUUGAUUCACAAUUAACUCUUGAAAAUGGUGUUGUUGUACAAGUAUCUGGAGAAUUAUCCAAUGCUGGACAACCAAUGCGCCGUUUUACACAAACAUUUGUUUUGGCUAUACAAGCACCAAAAACAUAUUAUGUACAUAAUGAUAUAUUUCGUUAUCAAGAUUUGAUCUUUCCUGAUGAAGAGGAAACGGAUGUAGGUGUUGUAGAAGGAGGUGUAGGUGAAUCUGGAGAGAGGGAAGGAGAAGAAGGAGGUCGUUCUGAACCGGAAGAAGAUGAACAUCAAAAUCGAGGGCAACAACUUUCAGCACCAGCUGCAUCUACUGAGCCUCAAGCUCAGCCACCGCUUAUCCCUGCACAACAACCUGUACUACAACAGCAACAACAAAUAUAUUAUCCACCACCGCAACAAACUCAUGUACAUCCCGUAAUGCAACAAGUACUAAAUGGAUCGGUUCAUGAAGAAACACCAUUGAUCAAUCAACAACCACCACCUGCACAGCAGCAACAACAGCAGCAACAACAACAACCACCUCCACCACCUGCUCAACAACAUCAGUAUAUAACUGAAACUACAUCACAAACACAAUUUGUACAAGAAACAGAAUUGGAUUCCACUACUGAGCAGCAACAACAAACGGAAAAUGAACCACAAGUACAAUCAAAUGAAACUCGAGAACAACCUGAAACUGAAACAUUUACUACAUCUGUACAAGAAUCUGAACCAGAACAUCAAGUGGCAAAUACAAAUGUAACUAGUAGUGGGCCGAAAACAUAUGCUAAUCUUGUUAAAUCAUUCCCCAGUACUACCGGAGCUACCAGCCCUCAAGCCCCCAAAUUAUCUAUGUCACCGCCUCCAUUGACAAACUUACGUUUAGACGAUAGAUCACCAUUACAUCCGACUAAUAGUGGACCUACACUUUCUACAUCAACUAGCGUUUCCACGCCUCAACAACAAACUCAUAGAGUUGGCAAUCAACAACCACAACAACAGCAACAUCAGCAACAACGAGCUCCAAGAGGAGGGGCAGUGCAACGAGAUGGCGAUCGUCGGGGAACAAGACAAAGUCAAUAUAGUGAUGCUCAUCAACUCUUUCUUGGAAACUUACCGCACAAUGCAUCAGAAGAUGAUUUACGUCAAGUGUUUGAAUCUUAUGGUAGAGUAGUAGAGUUGCGUAUACACAGUAAAUCAAAUGAUAGGUGCAAAGGUCCACAAGGAAAUAAUACAGGAAAAGUGCCUAACUAUGGAUUUAUCACUUUCCCAAUUUAUUAUCCUGCUGAGAAUGGACAAAAAUUAAAUGUUGAAGAAAAAAAAGUUAAGCCUAGAACAAUGGAGGGCAGCGGUGGUCGAUUGAAUUCGAAUGAUGGUAGUAUGAGAGCAAUGGGCGGUCAACAACAACAGCAACAACAACGUGGUCCGGGUGGACCUGGAGGAAUGAUGAGAGGUGGUCAACAUGGUACAAGAGGUGGACGUGGAGGAUUUUCACGAGGGGGUGAUGGUGGAAGGGGAGGUGGUGGAAUGCGGCAAUCUGGUAAUCCAAGCAAUUUAAGUUACCAAAAUCGCCGCUAAUAUUUCAAGCAACGUUAAAGGCACACCCCAGUUUCUUUUUUCUUCGGUCAUCGAUAUAUAAUUAUCAUCCUCAUUUUUAAACUCAAAAUCCAGGACUAUUUCGUAUGCAACAUAACGUGAUUAAAGGCGCUAUCCUUUUACGCUUAAACAUCGCUUGCAUCGUUCGUCAAGCAACAACUAUAAAUGACGCAGCUCAAAUUGUAUGGAAUACGAACUCGAAUAGGAUUAUCGCAUUUAUGCUAAGUUCGUCGUGUUUGUGGAUAAGGAAUAAUGAUUUAAUAAAAUAAUUCAUUGAACAUUCAACUUAAUUGGUUGGAUAUUUGAUGAAGUAAUUACGAGUUCGUCCUUCAUACAUCGACGUCAGACAAUUUACAAGACUUUACGAUGAAAACAAAACUGCAUCCAUUUGCAUAUGUACGUAUAACAGAGCGACGUGUGAUAUCCUGUUUUGAGAUAUGGGUGUGUUUUUGUCUCCUAAUAUGUAGCCCACGUUUCUUAAAAGCCAAUAUUCAAAAAAAACAAAAUUGUUGCCAAUUUUUGUGAUAGAAUGCAAAAGAAAACUUGAACUAAGAAAACGUUAUCGAAACAUAUGUGGCAUAUAAAAACAAGAUAUAGUGAUAGAAAUAUACAUCAUAUAUACAUACACAUAUAAUAUAUGUCGAACUAGGGGAUUUGGUAACAUAUUUUUUGUUUUCUAUUGGAUAAAUAUUAUGAAAGUCAUACGUCGCUCUUUUAGUUUUCUUCGUUUGCCAAUCGUAUUCAGGAGACAUAAGCGGUGCGAAUUCCGCUCUCGUAUAAGUAAGUCACGAGCCAAAUUAAACGAAAUUAAAACGAGAGGAUACGAAUCGUUUUAACUAUGAAAUAUCGUACAUUUCAUAUGCUCUCGAGUUAAUUCAUUGACUGCCGAUAAAACGUUCCACCUACAUGUAGAAAGUCGGCAAUAAUGUUUAUAGGUGGUAGUUGGUCGGUGUUGGUUAACGAGUAGAGAACUGCGGCUGUUCUGUGGUCGCAUACAAAAAGACACAGUCGAUUUUUUCACAAAACAUGGCCAACUAUCAAUCGACCGGUAUCGAUUGAUAGUGGGGCAGUAUCCUUAGACUGCAGCUGGUCUCGCCGUUUCCUAAUUCAUCCGCGUGUCGCUUAUGCUCUAUUUUGUUCCAAUCUGCUAAUUUUUGUUCGAUUUUUUUUUUUUUUUUUCUAUUCCAUAUGUAUCUUUGCAUAUUAAGCUCUUGCUUUUUCUUCUUAUGUUAAUCAUCAUCUCUUUCUUAUUUACUCUACUCUUUUUGUCAAUCUUUUGUUUCUUUUUUCCUUUUUUUUUUUUUUUUUUUUUUUUUUUUUUUUUUUUUUUUUUUUUCUUUUUCUUUCUUUCUUUUAGAUCAUAAAGAAGGGCAAUGCUAUUUCAAAAUUAAACUUGAAUAGUUCAAUAUAAUUUAUUGAGAAUUCUAUAAUUUCCAACAGUCUUUAGUCUCUAGUGAUCGCAGAACUCGCAGUGCGCUGCUAAAAUAGAGAGACCUAGUACCGUUAUAACAACACAGAAUAUCUUGACUUAAUACAAAAUGUCGUAAUUACAGAAAAUUAUUGGGAAAUUAACGUUGUAUAAUAUUGAACAAAAAAUUUGCCCGCUUACUAACAUAGCUAGUAUUAUUCUUGUAAUGAUUAUACAUACGUAAAUAGCAAUUUUUCAAAGUUCGAUCAAAAGUGAUAAAUAUUCGUAUAAAAAUAUUAUAAACUCCUUUCAUCAGGCUCUUUUCUUCGAUAUUAUACUUCCAUAUCAAUAAUGAGAUCGAAAUACGUAUAAAUAUUUUUUUCGAAAGAAUUGUGUUAGUUUUCUGGCACUAAGAUACACUUUUAAAUGUUUCUCAAUCUAUAUAUAUUUGUCGUAUGAAUGAAUAGUUUUAUUCGCAUGAAGUAAUAACAGCAAUUUAGUGAAAUUAGAUUGUCGAUUUAACUUAUCUUUUAUAUACAAAAAAUAAAUUCAGCACGUGCACUUAUUCUAUAUCACCGAAUGGAAUUGAGAAAUAUUUUAAUUCUUGUAAGUACUCUAAUAUGUAGAUAGUAUUUUCCUAUCUGUAUUUUCGACAUGUGUCCGUAUAAAGGUGCUAGGGCAGAUGAAACAAAGGAGAGAAAGAGAACGAAAGGGGAUGUGUGUGGAUGUAAGAGAGAAAGAGAGAACGAGAGAAAGAAUUAUGUGUUUAUCAAAAAAAAAAAAAAAAAAAAAAAAAAAAAAAAAAAAAAAAAAAAAAAGAAUCAUUAGAAAUAUUUUCGAAUUUCUAGAAACAGUUUGUAAGAUGGGUCCUGCGAUUAUUAGAGACAGGGCGAUAUAUUUUUUCUGGCCUAUUUGUCAUGUUCUUCCUUUUUCUUUUAUUUUUGUUAACCAAAAAUAUCGUUUUUUUUCUCUCUAAAUUCUCAUCGCAUUAUAAGUCAUCGAAUAAUCAGGAUAAGAUUUUUAAACCAACAUUGCAACAAUGUAGAAGAAUCGUGAGUGCAAAGUAAAAAGUAAUACAAAAUACUACCAACAUCGUGAUAACAGUGGUAGCGCAUAUAGUAAUUUAUGUGCCAUCUCGUACAUGUACACCUCGCCCUAACCCAAGUGCACAGAUGAAAAUACAGAUUA